AUGGCAGUUCCAGCGACUGUCGUGCUGGGAGCGUUGGCGUUGGUCCUGUGGACUGUAUACGUAGCCCUAUGGCGCCUCUUCUGGAGUCCUUUGAGCAAGUUCCCGGGACCCAAGCUAGCCGCCUUAACGCUAUGGUACGAGUUCUACUUCGACGUGAUCAAAGGCGGCAUGUACAUUUGGGAAAUCGAGCGCAUGCAUAAGAAAUAUGGCCCCGUUGUACGUAUCAGUCCAUACGAAUUGCACGUUAGCGAUCCGGAAUUCUACGACGAGAUAUACGCGUCGAGCGCGCGCCCGAGGGACAAGUAUCCGUGGCAGAUCAAAAGCGGAGAUUCCGCACAAGCUAUGGGCUUCACGGUUUCGCACGAUCUUCACCGCCUGCGCCGACAAGCGGUGGAUCGGUAUUUUAGCACGCGAAGCGUGACCCAGCUCGAGGGAGUUAUUCAUCAAAAUAUUGAGAAACUAUGCAAGCGCAUGGAUGAAUACAAGAAGAAUGAGACCCCUAUCAACUUCACGCUGGCCUUUUUAGCACUUACCAUGGAUAUCAUCGAAGCGUACUCUUUCGGUCGCUCGCAGAACCUAUUGGACCAGCCUGGAUUCUCGCCGGAGUGGAGGGAUGCGAUCACUGGUAUCAUGGGCAGUACUUCUCUGCUCAAUCACUGUGGUUGGAUCCCGAAAGUUGUGCGACUUAUUCCGGAGAGCGCGCUUGAAGGUGCUGAUCCGAAUAUUGCAAUGAUGCUGAGGCUGAAGAAGGCAAGCACUCUCAAAUUCAGAAUAAAGCGUCUAGUUGAGAGCACGGCAGGUUUAAAAGCCAAUGAAUCAGAGAAGAGCCCCACUCCUCACACGAUCUUCGAAGAAAUCCGAAAUGACGAGGAACUCCCACCUCAGGAGAAGGCAGCCGAUCGGCUCACAGAUGAAGCCACGAUCCUGGUUAUUGCCGCCUCGGAAACGCCUGCCAAAGUUCUUUCGCUCAUUAUGUUCCAUCUGCUAAAGCAUCCGGAUGUGCUGGCAAAAGUAAAGGAAGAACUGUUAACGCUCUCUCUGCCCGCCGACAGAAAGAUACCCUCGCUUCGCCAGGUCGAGCAGCUCCCCUACCUCUCAGCCGUUAUCAAAGAAGGGCUCCGCUUACAUGGCGGAAUCGUAGCCCGCAGCCAGCGCAUUUCUCGGAACGAGACACUGCGCUGUGCCGGGUAUGAUAUUCCUCCCGGCACGCCUCUCAGCUGUUCUUCGUAUUUCCUCCACCGCAAUCCCGAGAUCUUCCCAGAGCCUACCAGUUUCAGACCAGAGCGCUGGUUGGACUCGGGCCACCAGCUCGACCGCUAUCUGGUGGCUUUCGGCAAAGGUACGAGGAACUGCGUCGGGAAGAACUUGGGCCAGGCUGAGCUCUAUCUCACCCUUGCGGCAAUCAUCCCCAGGUUUGCCUUCAGCCUUGUUGAUACUGAUGAGCGGGACGUGGAGAUCGGGCGGGAUUGGUAUGUCAUGCAGCCGUUGCGGCGCAGCGAAGGAGUCCGAGCUAUGGUCACCGACGGUAUAUGA